CUGGUAUGCAAGAUGAUGGAUAAUGCAAAGCGUUAUUCUCAGUAUAUUCAUUGUGCUCAUUCUUGUGAUGGCUGUGGGAUUCCUGUUUCUGCUUUUUCGCGCAUUAUAGCAGAAGAUAAGAGGCUGGAAUCGAAGGAGUGGGAGGCGGAGGCAGAGUUGGAG